AUGGGCAACUUUAUAGAGUCCAAGGUGUUGGCUCUUGCCGAAAAAACGGGACUCGACGACGUGACGUUGAAACUGGCGAUUUGUCUUUUCUCAUCCUUCCCUUUCGAUGCGAUUUUGAAGCGUAUCCCAGAAAGCAAGGCCUCGCUGAAAUGCUGGUAUAUUGUGGGAGUGGCCGCUUUUUACCUGUUUGGCGUUCUCAAUCUCUUCACGGGGUUUCGUACCUUGUUUCUGAGUAGCAUGUUCACGUAUGUGAUCUCCAGAUUCUACCGCUCGAAAUUUAUGCCAUACGUGAACUUUGUGGUCGUUAUGUCCCAUCUUGCCCUCAAUCAUUUGAGCGUGCAGUUCUUCAGCUCCGAAAACACUUCCACGCUGGACAUCACGGGCGCGCAAAUGGUCCUGGUGAUGAAACUUACAGCAUUUGCAUGGUCAUACCACGACGGUACUCAGCCAGAUCAAAGCAAGCUUUCGGAAUAUCAAAAGGCUCGCGCAAUCAGACACCAUCCAAGUUUGUUGAGCUUUCUCGCCUACACGUUCUUCUAUCCCUCUUUGUUCACGGGUCCCAGUUUUGAUUUUGCGGACUUCGAAUCCUGGCUGAAUUGCGAGGUGUUCCGAGACCUGCCCGAUGCCAAAAAGCCCAGACGUCGGUGGACAACCUCGGAUCGUAAUCUGCGCAGACAGAUCCCCAAAUGCGGACUUUUCGUGCUAUGGCGCGUGGCGCAAGGAGUUUUUUGGAUUGUUUUGUCGACCUUUUUGCCAAACUAUAUCUCAAAGGAAUUCAUGUUCACGCCUGCUUUUGGUCAGAAGUCGUUCCUGUACAAGAUUCAUUAUCUUUACAUCCUCAGUUUCGUCUUCAGACUCAAAUACUAUGCUGCUUGGACCGUAUCCGAGGCUUCGUGCAUUCUCUGUGGUCUGGGCUACAACGGAUACGAUGCCAAAACGAAUAAAAUCAGGUGGGAUAGAGUGCGCAACAUUGACAUUUGGAAAUUCGAGACUGCGAGCAACACUCACGAGGGCCUUGAAGCUUGGAACAUGAACACUAACAAGUGGUUAAAGCAUUACGUAUACUUGAGAAUCGCUAAGCCAGGCUCCAAGCCCGGAUUCCGCAGCACGCUAUUCACUUUUCUGACGUCCGCAUUUUGGCACGGCACUAGACCUGGCUACUACCUCAGUUUUGCCACUGGUGCACUGUACCAGUCUUGUGGUAAAAUAUUCAGAAGAAACUUGCGUCCUCUGUUUUUGAAUGCCGAUGGAAAGGCUCUCCCAUCUAAGAUCGUUUACGAUGUCAUAUGCUUUUACGUCAUGAAACUUGCUUUCGGAUAUUUGGUACAGCCUUUUGUGAUUUUGGAUCUACCCGCAUCUUUGGCAUGUUGGCGCUCGGUCUACUUUUACCUCCAUUUGGGAAUCAUAGCGACUUUCCUAUUAUUUAAGGGACCGUACGCCAAGACUGUGACAAAGUUCCUCAAGACCCAUCAACCCGCUGCUAUUGCUCAAAAGGAGCAGAAAGCAAAGCUCGAGGAGGCUGGACCACUGGGCGACAUUGCCAAGGCCAAGAGGGUAUUCGAGGAGAGCGAGGCUUCUCACGAUAUGCAACUCGGAAUUCCAGAUGCAGAUUUCGAGAAGUUCAACUUUGAGGAAGCCAAGCGCGACUUCUCAGAGUUCUUCGAGUCCUACGAAAAGUGGAGAGCCGAGAAGGGCUUGGAAAUUGAAGAGCACAACUUGCAACGAGCAUUUGAGCAUUUCAAAAGCGAGCUGUCAUCUGGUCAAGGUAGAAGAACUAGCUUCAGUGUGUAUUCUCCCAAGCCGAUAGAAAAGACGGACUAA